AGCAGUGUGGGGCUGCAGGACAGGACACGUCAAAGGGACAGGCCAAGCCUUCCAAUACUAGAGAAGAUGAUGAUGACUCUCUGCAGAUCACUAGCACAUAUCAUAGGUGCCCUGUGCUGUCAGCUGUCAUCUGACUGGAGGCACCUGAGCGAGGGCUGCAGAGCAGAGUUGGCACAGAUCAUAGUCUAUGCCAAGGUAUUGGCUGUCCAUCAGGAGACACACAGUAGUAUAUUCAGCAGUAUCUACAACUACCUGCCCUGGCAGUAUGAGUCAGGGGACAGCACCUUCUUCUAUUCUGCAGAGAUUGAAAUGCUGUGUGAUCAGGGAUGGGGCAGUAUGCUGGAGGUGCCUGCAGGAUCCAGGCUCAACAUCACCGGACUGGGAUACUUUGACUGUCACUCCUAUACAGUGGUGCAGGGUCACUCCUACUUCUUCUUCCUCCGAAUGGAUGAGAAUUACAGUCUGCUUCCGCAUGGAGUGAAUUUCCAGGAUGCAAUUUUUGCAGAUACUCAAGACAAUUGGAGGUUGUUUUCCAGUCUUUUCCAGUACUCCAACUGUUCUCAAGGACAGCAAGUCAUGUAUGAACUGGAAAGCCAAGAAGACAGUAGGCUGAUGUGCUCAUCGAUCCAGAGUGCUCUGUUUGAGGAAGAAGACAGAGUAAAGAAACUUCAGCAAAAAGUGGCUUCCCUUGAGAAACGCAACAAACAGCUUCGGAAUCGAGUAAAGAAGGUCAAGAACUCUUUACGACAAGCAAAAAAGAAUGCCAGAAACAUGGAAAUUAUUAACAUAAAACUGAAUGAGAAACUCUCCUCAGUGGCUGGACAGAUGACACACAUGAAUUCUUUUAAACAAAAAAAUUCUCAUCCAUCAUACCUCAAAGUAUAGUGUGUUACUGUUUAAUCUAAUAUGAGGUCUGUGCAAAAUAUACACAAAA